ACACUACGAAUCUAAAAAAUGGAGUCUCUCCAAUCUCAACAGCAGCAACAGCCAAAGAAGAGAGGUCGAAAACCCAAGCCAAAGGACGAGAAAGAACAGCAAAGCGCUGCUAAAAUGAAAGAAGGAAAGAAAUCCCUACAACAAGCAAGCGUUGAUGACAACUACACUCAGUGGAAGUCUUUGGUCCCUGUUCUUUAUGACUGGCUUGCUAAUCACAAUCUCGUUUGGCCCUCUCUCUCUUGCCGCUGGGGACCUCAGCUCGAGCAAGCUACUUACAAGAAUCGUCAGCGUCUCUACCUCUCUGAACAGACUGAUGGUUCCGUUCCAAAUACUCGUGAUUGCGAAUUGCGAAGUUGUCAAACCUAGGGUCGCUGCUGCUGAGCACAUAUCUCAGUUUAAUGAAGAAGCACGCUCACCAUUUGUGAAGAAGUACAAGACCAUAAUACAUCCUGGAGAGGUGAACAGAAUCAAGGAACUUCCGCAGAACUCUAAGAUUGUGGCCACUCACACUGAUAGUCCAGAUGUAAGACUUGUUAUUUUUGUUUUGUUAAAAUAUAUGGAACCAUUAUUUCUGCCGUGUUUUCUUUCUAAGCUGGGAGGGGGUAAAAGAAUUGUUUUUCACUUAUAUAUAUUUUUCCUGCAAAUUUUGACUGGACAUCAAGAUAAUGCAGAAUUUGCUCUUGCAAUGUGUCCCACUGAACCCUAUGUUCUGUCUGGAGGGAAGGAUAAAUCAGUAGUUUUGUGGAGCAUUGAGGACCAUGUAACAACAGCAUCUGGUGGAUCAAUCAUCAAAAAGUCUGGGGAAGGUAAUGAUAAAGCUGAUGGUGGGCCUUCUGUAGGUCCUCGGGGUAUCUUCUGUGGGCAUGAGGAUACAGUUGAGGAUGUUGCGUUCUGUCCAUCCAGUGCACAGGAGUUUUGUAGUGUAGGUGAUGAUUCCUGCCUCAUAUUAUGGGAUGCACGAGUUUGCACUAGCCCUGCUGUCAAGGUUGAAAAGGCACAUGAUGCUGAUCUUCAUUGUAUUGAUUGGAACCCCCAUGACAAUAAUCUUAUCCUCACUGGGUCAGCAGAUAAUACUGUUCAUAUGUUUGAUCGAAGGAACCUCACUUCUAAUGGAGUUGGGCCACCUGUUUAUAAAUUUGAGGGUCACAAGGCUGCUGUUCUUUGUGUGCAGUGGUCUCCCAAUAAGUCAUCGGUAUUUGGUAGUUCUGCUGAGGAUGGGCUCUUGAACAUUUGGGAUUAUGACAAGGUUGGCAAAAAGGUGGAACAUGCUUCAAAAUCUCCUAGUACUCUUGCAGGACUGUUUUUCCAGCAUGCAGGGCAUAGGGAUAAAGUCGUUGAUUUCCAUUGGAAUGCAUCUGAUCCGUGGACCAUUGUUAGUGUGUCUGAUGACUGUGAUUCCACUGGUGGAGGAGGGACAUUGCAGAUAUGGCGCAUGAGUGAUCUGAUUUACAGGCCAGAAGAUGAGGUUUUAGCCGAGCUGGAGAAAUUCAAGUCCCACGUCAUUUCUUGCACGUCAUCAAAGCCAUGAGAGAUGCCAUCAGAAGGAAGAAUGCCAGAAUAUUUCGGGGUAGACUUGUAA